AUGGGUGGAAUACCGGAUCACUUACCCAAAAACCGCGAUGAAUGGAGAAGAGUUAUAGACCGCAACGAUCUCAAGAGCGCAACUCCUGAAACCCCUUCGAAGCAGUCUACAACAGUAAGCGGAACAUCAAUCCCUAUCGGUCUGCCAGAUGAUGAUGACGAGACAUCAACAGAGGAGUAUACUACACCGUCCCCCAUAACUCCCUCAGCUUCUAUUUCUGAAGAGCUUCGCAAAGUAAUGUUCCCGCCAAUAAAGGACAAGAAUAUUGUCAAUACAGCCCUUGAUGUAUUCUUCAACGCACUUACCAUGCACUUCGAUAUUUUGAGGCAGUGGAACUGGACUCCCCAUCGAAAGAGUUUUGUCGGCAAAUUUAAAGAGGCUAGCCUCAAGGCUCGUGUCGAUGGAUACCUGGAAAAGGAGAAAGGAGAACCCUAUGCUCUUAUCGAGGUGAAACCCGUGAUUCGAGAGACCUACCGAUGUCGUAUUCAGAUGUAGGAAAGCGCUCAGACGGUGAGCUGGAUCAAAAACGAGGCCCAGAACCCGCGAGACAAACUGUAGGUCUGGGUAUCUCCAUGUUAAAAUUCGCCCCUCAUGCUAACACGUACAACGCUUGAUAGUCGUAUCCAUGUAUCGUAGAACCGACACGAAAUAUUCCUUAUUUACGCCAAGUAUGAUGACAGUUAUCUCGCAUAUUUGAAAGAUGGAGCAGUCAGCGACAAGGAACCAUUUCUGAUUAUGCACCAGGUGGGCCCUUGGGAUACUCGUGUAUCUUCUGAUAUGGCAGAAUUGGGAUCGAUUAUUCUUGCUAUAAGUUAGAGCUAAAUACGGACG